ACAUUCUCUCGUCAGUAACCGCCUCGCAUGCGGCGUAAAAACAACGCAAGCUCCGUGUUAUGUACACCAUGUCAGCAGAAAUUGCUCUAGUCCAGGAAAUAGAGAAAUAUCCGUGUCUCUACAACAGUUAUUUGCCCGAAUAUAACCGCAAGGAUCUCGCUGAAGAAGCAUGGGCGCAAGUCGCACAUAAUAACAAUCUGACAGUUAGCGACUGCAAAGAAAAAUGGCGAAAUAUAAGAUGUUCAUUUUUAAGAAGUUUGAAACCCACUACGCGAUAUAAAAAACCUUACUAUUUAACUGCUUAUCUACAAUUCAUAUUGCCGUUUAUGAAAUCGAUAAAUAAUUUAGAAUAUGUUGACGAACUUCAAUUAAAUGAUUCGUUCAAGAAUACAAAUGACGUAAUAGUAAAAAUGGAACCAGAAGAAAUUCUUGGAGCACAAUCUGAAGAUGAAAAUAUAAACAAAGAAAUACCAAUCAGAAUCAAAUAUCAGUCAGAAUCCUCUGAAUGUAUAAUUCAAAGGGAAAAACCUACAGUCCCAAGACGACGUAAACACUUUACUCCAAUUGUGAAAAAAACAGAGAAAAAAAGUAAAAAGUCACACAUCACAUGUUCAAACAAAAUCAAUGGAAAUGCUUUGCGUUUCUUCUUACUAAGUCUUCUACCAGAAUUAGAAACAAUGACGGACGAACAAGUUAGAUUAUUUAAAAUUAAAGCUAUGUUGUUAAUUGAUGAAAUAAAAACAAAUGAUACACAGAUAAGGCAAAGUAUAAACAAUAUAAAUGAUUCGAGGCGCAUUCAAAAGCGAUUAAUUAAUUUGCUAUUGAAAAACGUAAAGAAAGAAUUACAUAAUUGAGAAGUUAUUUAACUGUUAUUUGUA